AUGGCUGAAGCUGAAGAGGAGGACGAUCUUGAGGUUCCCCUCGAGUUCAUCUGUCCCUUAUCCGAUGACAUAAUGCGCGAUCCGGUGAUCAUCGCGUCGGGACUUAGCUACGAGCGCGAUCUGAUCAAGGUAUGGUUCGCAGCAGGCCAGCGCGUCUGCCCGAAAAGCGGCAUGAAACUCGACCACACCGAGUUCUUCCCCAACGUGGCUCUUAAAGCCCUCAUCGCCGAAUGGUGCGAGAAGCACGACCUCGAUCUUGCGCCUCUCCCGGAAGGCCUCGAGGAGGAACUUGCCGCGCAAGUUCGCGCGCAAGACGAGGAACCGUCUCCGACGUCCUGUAGCCGCGGCAGCCCGGGAAGGAGAGGCGAGGGGGGCGCAGGGGGUUACAGGGAUGGCCCGAGACGGGGCCGACCUGGAGAUGACUAUGAUGACGCGGACGAAUCUCAGCCGUAUGUGCAGCGGUCCGCUAGCGCGGGGAGCGGGAGGCGGAGAGGACCGGGGGAUCGAGAGAGGGACGAGGAUAGCGGGUCUGAUAGGGGGAGUGGGCGGACUGGAUCGCGUACGCGAGAGGCUUAUAGCGAGGACGAGGACCGGCGAGGCAGGGGGAGUGGCGGGGGAAGGGGGGCCGCCGGAGGUAGUCGUUUGCAGCCGCGGAGUGAGGAGGAGCGGAGAGCGCGCACAGGGCGUGUGGCUGCGCAGUUGUUGUCGCGGCAACGGGGGAGAGGGGGAGGGGGAAGCGCGGGAGGAGGCACCGCGCGGGAACGAGGGAAGGAUGGUUAUAGAGACCGGGAGCGGGAUAGCGAUUCGGAUAGGGACGGGGAAGGACACCGCGAUCGAAACAGGGAUGGGUACAGGGACAGAGAUCGAGACAGGGACCGGGACAGAGAUAGAGCGAGGGAACCGGAUAGAGACAGGGAUCGAGAGAGGGAUAGGGAUAGGGACAGGGACAGGUAUGGAGAGAGGGACAGGGAGAGAGGAGGGGAGAGGGAGAGGGGCAGGGGAAGGGAUGAUGACAGUACGUAUUCACCUAGGCGGCCUCCUUCGGACCGAGGGGGGAGAGCUGGCGGGAGAGGCGUGGGAAGGGCUGGGCCACGAGUAGCGGGGAGAGGCGAUAAGGACGUGGGGAGAACGGGGAGAAAGGAGGCAGAGGAGAAACUAGGGGAGGUAGCGGAUGCUUCGGGGAAAGAAUCGGCUGCUGUGGAGGGCACAGGCGAAGCAGCAGCAGGAGCAGGGGAGGGUACAGCAGCAGGGGAAGGAGCAACAGGAGCAGCAGCAACAGCAGCAGCGGAAGGGGGUGCAGGAGACGCAGAGGGGGGAGCGGGGAAGGCGGAAGGUGAAGGCGCGGACGCAGCAGGCGCAGCUGAGGGGGAAGGAGGAGCGGGUCCGGAAGCAUGGGCGGACAGGAGAACCAUGAGUCUGGACGAGCGGACGAGAGAAGGGCAGGAACCGCCAGGGUCCCCAGCCGGUAGCACCUCAUUCGAGCGCCAGCUCACCUCCCCUGCCAACCCUUCUUCCGCAGGAGCCAAGGAGGGAAGCGGGUCCAGGCACAGAAGCUCUGGCGCUGCAUCGUCGCCUCUUAGAAAGCCCAGUAGUGGGGCUGGUGCGAGGAACCUGCCGCCCCAGCCGCGGCCAACCAGGGAUAAAACGCGGCUAGGGGGUGCCGGUGGGGCGACGGGCAGUGGGAAGGACAGGACUGGUAGCAGCAGCAUCACGGCUAGUUCGCCUAGGUCUCGCCCGCCGCUGUCCUCCCCUUCGUCCACGUCAUCGUCGUCGCCUAGACCGUCCCUUUCGUCUUCGUCUCGAUCGAUGCGGACGAUAGACGACAUGCUAGAUGCCAUCGAUCGCGGCUCGUCGGCUGACCGGGAAGAAGGGAUCAUGCGGCUCCGGUCUGCCCUGAAAGAAAGUUCCGAGGCGCGGCGGCGCGUGGUGAACCGGUCCGACGGGGUGCCGAUUCUGGUGGAUCUUGUGGAGGAUUCAUCCGCGUUAGUAGCAUCUGGGAGUGAAGGGGCGAGCAGAGAGAGCCGGAUGGAUGCUCCGGCUGUGCUAGACUGUGCUGUGUCGGUGAUUCUCCAGCUGACACAGUCUUACGAUGGGGCGCUAGAGGUGGUGGAUGUUGGGGGCGUGGGGGUUCUUGUGGAUUUAGUGGAUGGCAAGUGCAGAAAAAAGGGCGGAGGGAGGGAUGGGGGCAGCCCGAAAGGCGAUGGCGACGGUGCAGCGAGCAAGUUUUCGGAGUCGGUGCGAUCAAACGCAGCGGCGGCGCUGUUUGCGAUUGCUACGUGUGACGAUGAUGAUAAGGAGGAUGAGGACGGGAGGAGGAGGCGGAGCAGCAGGUACCGGAACAAGAUCCUCCGAUGCGGCGGCAUCCCUCCGUUGCUCAAGCUGCUCAAGUUGGAAGCCGCUCGGUGCCGGAAAGACGCGGCUCUCGCGCUCUUUGCCCUCUCAGACGACCCGGACUGUGCCGAUGAGAUAAUCCGGGAGGGCGGGGUGAGCGUGCUGGUGGAUUCAUUGUCGGACAAGCGGCCAGGAGUGGAAGAGAAGGCCAUGGCUGUGUUGGCGAAUCUGGUGAAGUCUAAGGAGGGGCAGGCGGCUUUGCUAGAGGUGGAGGGGACGCUGGUGAUGCUGGAUGUGCUGGAGAGUGAGUCGGAGCGUGCACAGGAAGAAGCACUGUUCAGAAUGGAGGAGAACGUUCCUCCACCGCCCGCAUCUGCAGGCCGACACAAAUCCGCAGGACUGCAAGGCACACCUGGCAAGGUGGAUCAUACUCUCAGCCGUCCCCCGUGGUUGCUGCAAGGCGGGGCUUCGCAGCGCGGCGAAGCGUCGUCGCCGCAGCGAGGCACGCCAAGAGCAGUGCUUGCGCGGCUGACAGGCAACGUGGUUACUACACUGCAAUCGUGUCGCACGAGAGCGGCCAAGACUCCGAGUGCCGCCACCAGGACACAUGCCAAGUCAGACGACUUACAGAUCCCGGUGAUCGUGAGGGUGGGUCCGCUCACAGGCUCCGAGGCGCAGUGUGUGACAGAGGUCACGCCCACUUCACUCAUUCUCGCGACCCCGGACAGGGAAGGCGAGCGGGUAUGGCAGGCGGGGCGGACAGGGAAGGCGAGCGACAGCACAGGAGGAGCUGUUCGAGCUGGCAGACUUAUUUCAGGAGCCUCACAGGUUAUCCCCUCACUCCUCCCCCCUCCCCCACUCCUCCCCCUUCCAUCCCCCCUCCCCCAAUCCCCCCUCUCUCCUUCCCCCUCCCCCACUCCUCCCCCUCCCCUUCCCCCUCCCCCACUCCUCCCCCUCUCCCGUUUCCCCUCCCCCACUCCUCCAUCCCCUCGCUUUUCCAUCCCCUCAUUCCUCCCCUUCCCCUCCCUCUCCCCCCCAGCAGGAGGAGCUGUUCAGCGGGCAGACUUCUUUCAGGCGCCUCAGGCCAUCCCCUCACUCCUUCCCCUCUCCCUCCCCCGCCCCGCCCCCCUCCCCGGUCCCCUUCCCUCCCUCCCCUCGCCAGGAGGAGCUAUUCGAGCUGGCAGGGCGGCCCAUGGCCGAGAACUGCAGAUAGUUGGCUUUGAAGGAGGAGCUAUUCGAGCUGGCAGGGUGGCCCAUGGUGGAGAACUGCGUGGCCGGCUACAACAGCACCCUCUUCACCUAUGGCCAGGUGCGCCCUCCCCCAGGUGCGCCCUCCCCCAGGUGUGCCCUCCCCUAGGUGCGCCCUCCCCUCCUCUCUGUGGCCAGACGGGUAGCGGAAAGACGUACACAAUGUUUGGAGCUGACGUGGACAGCAAGGCUGACGUGGAGGUCAGCACGAAAUGGGGGGUGAUCCCGCGUGUGUUUCAGCUGCUCUUCUCCCCCAUUGGACAGGUGUGUGCCCUUCUCCCCCAUUGGACAGGUGUGUGCCCUACUUCCCUCAUCCUACUGCCUCCUGAAUGCGUGCACCUGAAUGCGUGCACCUGA